UAGAUUGUCAAUAGAUAUAUAUAUAUAGACUAUUUAUCUCUUCCCUCUUUCUCUCUUUCUUUAUUUCUUUUUUUGAACCGUUUUGUAAAUAUUAUUUAUGUAUAUUCUAUAGACACAAACUAUGUUAGCCAUUGCAAAUACAAAUACCCCCACAGUAAACAACUCAACACGUCUUGUUUCAUUCUUUUUGAAAAAGAAACAAAGUAGCUGGUCUCUACGCUCUUUUUCAAAAAAUAAAAAAAUAUUUACUCAUAUAAGCACAUCUGCAUCAUCCUUACCACUAUCUACAACUCAAGAUGAGGAUUAUACCUUACCUCCAAGCUAUGAUGAUAAAUCUCAUCCUUGGGCGUUUCAAUUUCCAAAACUCAUGACGAGCCGUGUCAUUCAUCCAAGAGAAGAAGAAGGCCGGGAAGAGCUACCUGACUACGAAUGCACAGUUGAAAAGAUGGGCUCGGCUUAUGUUAAAUGCGAAAUGACUGAGCCUGGUGUUCGAUCAACAAAUAGAUCGUGGAGGUUUCUGUAUUUACAGGUCCGUGGUACAAUGAUACUAGGUUAUAAACACAACCCCAAGCAUGAAAAACGUACAGAGCCUAUCUGGACACAUUCUAUGCAAGGGGCGCAAAUUACUGUGGCAACUGAUUAUAUCAAGCACCGGCAUGUGCUACGUUUGCAAAUCGCCAAUGGACCUCAAUUAUUGAUCAAGACUCAAACAGACGCAGAGAAAAUGAAUUGGAUAGAUACAAUUGAAAGCUCAAUCAACAUAAGCACCGAUAUCGAUUACAGGGAUAUGCCUCAAUUUAUCACUUUACGCAUUAGGCAUCGUCGUCACCAUCAUAGAGAUCGUCGUCCAAUGGAAGAAACACUGGUUUAAAAGUCACGUGGACUGUAAUAAGGAGCAGAAAAAAAACAUUUGUAUUUGAUAGGGUGAUUUUUCUCUUUUUUUU